CUGAGAAUUUUAUUUAGUCGCACUGCGGUGGUUCCGUUAAGUGGAUGCAUUGAGCAUCUUCGGCUGGAUAAACAGCUGGUCGAUUUGAGUAAAUCGAAAACCGCAAAAGGAGUGCAACCAGGCUGUAAUGUACGAAAUGUUCGCCUCAUAACAAUGGUAUCUGAGCGUUCCACAGCUGUCUUUCACGGUAUUAGUGCGAAUAAAGGUGAUCUGGAACUGACGCUCCGUUUCAAAACAACGCGACCUUCCGGAGUUCUUGCUUCAGUGAUUUCCGAUGAGCAGGAAGCGCUGCUGCAAUUACGUUAUGAAUAUGGAUUCAUUGUGACUGAGUACGGGUCGGAUCGUAAGGAUGUUGUGAAAAUUGAGUUUGGCUUAGCUUCUGACGGUCAGUGGCAUUACGUUGCUGCUGCGGUGAAGUCACACAUCUUGAGGCUGGAUGUGGAUGAUCUGUAUUCAAGCGAAAUUCGGAGGACAGUCCCGCUCAAUGAGGUUUCUGUUGUUCAAUAG